AUGGAAGAGGCUCAAGUACAGCAUCAGAGGGACCAGGACAAAGUCAAAGAACUGACGGAUAAGCUGAACAAGACUCAGAAGCUCCUCUAUGAGAGCACCAGGGAUUUCCUGCAGCUGAAAUUUGAGGGUCGUGCCAACGAGAAGUCCUGGAUGGCAGAGAAGGACAGACUGCUGCAGGAACUCGAUCGUUGCCGAGAGCAGUUGACCUUGAGCUGUGACCCAGAUCGUGGGAGAGAGCAGGAGAUGGUAAUCUUUAGAUUGUCACAGGCCGAGAAAGCGGCUCGGACAUCACGGACUGAAGAAGUCAAGAGCCUAACGGAACAGCUCUCACAGGCUCAUCGACUAGCAGACAUGUACCGAGAGCAGUGCGUAGCCCUGGAGGACGAGCUAGCAAAGAUCCGGGAGGAAGGAGAUGUCGGACGGGAGAUAUUCAAGGAACGUUCUGACAAGGUCGCCAAACGUCUUCAGCUUAUGACCCAACGCUACGAAGCUCUGGAGAAACGUCGCAACAUGGAGGUAGAGGGCUUCAAAACAGACAUCAAACUUCUCCGCCAGCGGCUGCGGGAUGUGGAAAAGCAGCUUUUCAAGGUCACGCUGAACAUCGGACCCGACCAGGAUCUGGCCAUCCUUGGUGCAGUACGCCAGGGAAACAAGCGUACACACAAACUCCAGGGUGAACUGCGCAACUUGAAGGCAAAGAUCUAUGGCCUGGAGAAUGAGCUUCGAAUUGGCUAA